AUGCAAUCUACUAUAACAAGUCUAAAUGAAUCGGAUAAUGAUAAUAAGCAAGUUUUUCAAUCAUCAUCUUGUUCUACAUCACAACAAGGUUCAACAAACUCUGAUACUCUUUGUGUUGUAUGUUCGACAAGAAAUCGAGCAUUGGCAUUUGUACCUUGUGGACAUUUUAGUGUAUGCGUGCCGUGUGGUCAUGGUUUGGUAGCAUGUCCAAUUUGUGGAACAAAUAUUAAAGCAUUGUUCAAAGUUUACAGUUGA